AUGUUAGUGACGUACUGUUUGUUCUUCAUGUUGUACAUAGGACAAUGCCAGAUUAUCCCUAUAGAGCACAUGAGAAAUGAAGAUUUGAUCCAGUGUGUAAUCACUAUAUUAACCAAAUACUUUACAGAAAUCACACACGUGAGCAUAGAUACUGAUGAUGAAGAUUUGCUUAAAGCAAUUCACACCAUGGAAACACUUUCACUAGUAACCAGAAGUUCAGAUAACAAGUCAGAAACGGAGAAUCGAGGAUAUUUGAUAACUUCUAAGAACGUUACCAUGUUCACGAAGCAUUUUGAGUACCUCAUAAUGGACUCUUAUUGGAAUCCUUACGCCCGUUUCUUAAUUGUUAUCGAGUGUUUAAAAACUGACGAGCUUCGUAACAUUUUCGAUGUCAUCUUAAAAUCUCAUGCAAAUAAUGUCGUAGUUGUCAACGGUACGCAUGAUGCUCAUCUCUACACCUACAACCCUUUUGAUAACUACGCCUGCGGUAGAUAUUACACUGAGAUCAUCAACCUCGGAUUAUGCUCCCAAAUUUCGAAAAAUUUAUACCCCAACAAACUAGUGACUGGACUAAAAAACUGCACAUUCAGAGCAUCUUUAGGUCAUCGACCUCCUUUCACCAUCAACCCUAUAAAAUCUGAAGAUAUUAAAACCAUACUGGGCACAGAGGAAUAUAUAUUUGAAUUACUUAGUGAAAAGGAACAGUUCAAAGUGAUUUAUAAUUACAGUUACGAUGCUAACCAAUAUUCCUCAGUCUUUCCUAAUAUGACAGCCAGUGGUCCCAUGAUAAUGCUACAGAACAACGAAACUGAUGUUAUAUUUGGUGGAAUGAUGAUGGUCGUGUCGAGAGCUCAUGCAUUUACUUACCUCUGUGGAUACCAUGACUACAACGAUGAGUUGCAGUUCGUUGUGAAGACAGCACCUCUUGUACCUAUUUGGAAGACCGUGUAUAUAGAAUUUGAUCCAACGGUGUGGAUGUUGCUACUGCUCGCAUUUAUUGUGUACACUUUGAUGAUGAUAUUUCUUCUGCAAGCAAAGGAUAAAGGGCAAGUCGCACUGGAACUACUGGACAACUUACUACAACACAGCCGCGAUAUAAUUCGCACCCGAAUGAUGGUACUGAAGUGCAUCCUCAUUGUGUGGGUCUGGUUCGCUUACCUCAUCAAUACGUUUUAUCAGUCCAGUCUCGUCAGUCUUACCACAGACCCGAACAAACAAUACCAAGUUUCAAACGAAGAUGAUUUAAUUAAAUACGAUUACCAACCUUGCUUUAGUAUGAGUUUAAAGAAAUUCUUAUCGACUGAACUUAAAAAUGCCCUAUUGAAGAAACACAGUUUGCCUACUUUCGACAGGAUUGGCUGUAAUACAACUCUAAACGCCAUCACAACUGUCAGUAGAACUCCAAUGUUGUAUUCAUUGGUACCGAAUUACGUGUAUUGGUAUAACAAGCCGAAGUUCAACGAUGAGUGGGGCAAAACUAUGAUUUACCGUUUUGAGAAGCCGUACGCGAAGUUUCUAUUUGACGAUGCCGACCUUUACACCUACAAUCCCUUCGAUAAUUUCAAUUGUGGUAAACGCUAUGAUGAUGUCAUCAGCUACGGGAAGUGUUCAGAAGCAGAUUCGGUUGACUUAUACCCAAGUAAAUUUAUCACAGGUCUGAGAAAUUGUACAUUUAAAGUAUGGACAACUCAAUGGCCUCCGUAUACUAUGGUCCCUGCGGUCAAUUCAACCGACCCUUUUCUGCACCAACACGGCGCCGAACCAUACUUACUCAGCUUGAUAGGAGAAAUGUUAGGCUUUAACUUAGAGAUAGUAGGUAAUAGGAACAUAACAGAUGAAUUCCCCAUAGUCUCUAAAGACAUGGAGGCUACUGGUUCGUUGAAAAGAAUCCAGGAUAAUGAAAUAGAUAUUAUUGUUGGAGGUAUGCUACUGGUACCGUCUCGAGCAGCAGCGUUCUACUACGUUUAUGGACACCAAGUUUACACAGAAGAGAUACGGUUUGUGGUGAGACGAGCGACAGACGAGCCAGCGUGGAAGAACAUAUAUCUGGAAUUCAGUACAACCGUGUGGGUGCUACUACUACUAACACUGGUACUGUAUUCGAUCAUUUUAAUAAAACUACUUCGCGCCGCUGAUAAAAGUUACAUCGUGUUGAUCCUGGUGGACAUCCUGCUGCUCCAUGGCCGCAACAUACGAAGUCGAUGGAUGGUGAAAAUGGUGCUUUUGUCAUGGAUCGUAUUUACAUACCUAGUGAACGUAUUCUAUCAAUCAAAUCUCGUCAGUUUGACAACAAAUCCAGCUCAGCAAUACCAAAUUUCAGAGGAAGAAGAUAUUUUCCGAUAUAAGCUAAAACCUUGUCUGAGUUUAAUAAUGAGUAGAUAUUAUGUAGAAUCUGUUCAAUCGGAUAAAGACUAUGACGUGGAUAGUGGUUGCUAUGGGUUAAUGGAGAGUGUUGAAUCGGUAGCAAGGAACAAUUCCAACCUCGGUUUGCUGUUCCAUGGAUAA